UAACUUGUCUAUUAAAUCAUUGAUCUAGUCAAAACUAGUUUAAUGAUCAGUUUAAACCAAUUUGCAACUAUAUCUACAGCAUCAACAUUCUAAUUAUAAGUAUCGUCUAAAACUGGUGAGUCAACCACCACCGUUUAAUCGUCGUGUGGUGACAUUUUUCUGAUUGAUCAUUGAUCAUCUCUUAUAUACCGGAAUCUACGCCCCACUUUUAAACAAAGGGAUAAGCUGGAUACAAUUUGCCUUUUGGUUAUAAACAACACAUCAACUUCAAAUCCAAAAGCUUCCAUAGAUGGUAUAAUUAUAGGUUCAUUUGAGACAAGACAUUAUUUUGCUGAACAAGAGAGAAUGAGUAGCUAUAUUGAAGAAACCCCCAUUUGGCAAGAGGAUUCGGAAGUUACUUGCUGUUUUUUAUGUCAUUCCAUCUAUACCUUUUUUAAUAGAAGACAUCAUUGUAGAAAAUGUGGUAGAGUUGUUUGUGGAAAUUGUUCAGAAAAGACGGUUAAAUACUUUCCUAAUACUUUAGUGGUUCAUCAAAAUGGUUCUAAAACCAUUUAUAAUCCGUAUGAAACUUAUAAAACUUGUGAUGAAUGUGUGGAUGAGAUUAAAAUGAUUAGAAAAGCAUUAUUUGAUGCUAAUCCUUCUUCAUCAACUAUUGAAGAAAGUGAAUACCCUUCAAGAACAAGUAGUGCCAAUAGUUCAACUUCAUCAUUAACUCCAACCAAUGCCCUUAAUAUUGCCAAUCCUUUCCUUCAUAGACCAGAUCAUGGUGGUCAUAAUCAUAAUCAAUCUCAUGAUAAUGAUAAUGAUAGUACUACCAAAUAUAGUACUAGAACUCAUACUAGACUUAUAAGAUCAUCGACUCAUUCAUCUUUCAAUCAUAGUCGUCAUAGUCGUCAUCGUGGCGGUAAUAAUCGUGAUGGUGAUGAUGAAAGUGAUGCUAAUUUAUGUCCUGUUUGUGCCACUGAUUUAUUAAAAUCAUAUAUUAAUCAUCAUAAAAAACAUAUUGAAGAAAUUAGUAAUGAUGAUUUUGAAAAAUUUAAAGAAACUCAUAUUAAUGAUUGUUUAACUGAUUUUGAUUUUAAUACUGAAAAUCAAAGAUUUAAUUCGCCUGAUAAACCUCAUCCCAGAAAUAAAAUGCUUGUGUAUAAUAUUCCACCAUUCCCAAAACCAAAAUUCGAAAGUAUUCCUAAUUUAGAAGCGGCAUCGUCCAUGGAUACCAUCAGACAACUGGAAAGUAGACAAGAUGAUGAAACACUUUCUCCUUAUCAAUCACCAUCUCCUUCACCAUCACCAAUCUCGAAUGUUCUUGAUGUGGUGGUUGGUUCAGUACUUUCAAAUGCUACCAUGGAACCAUCAGCUGAAAAGGAUAAAGGAUAUCUUGAAGAUGAUGGCUUAGAUAAUGAAUGUGUGAUUUGUUUGGAAGAUUUAAAACCAGGUGAUAAAGUGGGUAGAUUGGAAUGUCUUUGUGUGUUUCAUUAUGCUUGUAUCAAAGAUUGGUUUAAUAAGAAAGGGUAUGGUGAAUGCCCUGUUCAUUUCUUGCAUAAAUAGAUUUUUAUUUAUUAUUUGCAUCUUUUCUCUAAUAUUGUGUUGAUUGUUUUAUUUUAUUUUAUUUGGUUUGGUUUUAUUUUAUUGGAAUGGCUAUUUAUUCAGGUUGGAUAAUUCUUUUUAAUUCUAAUUUAGUUCUAAUGUCUAAUUCUAGUUUUGUUAAUGUUUACAUUUUACUUUUUACUGUUUGUACAAUUUACAAUUUUCCUAGUUCUUUCUACUAUUUGGUUAUAAUAUAUGCAAAUUUAUCUUUUAUUAAAACAAAU